CAGUUUCUGAAAUUUGGGUGGGAAAAUGCAGAGCCUAGCACCAAUACGACCUCGUUUCACAAGGUGCCUCCCAACCUUCCGAGCCUUCUCUUCUUCUCCUCCUCCUUCUUCUUCAGAUUACUCCAACCAGUCCCGCGGCGGCCUCCCUCGCUUCUUCUCCGAACGCCUUCCUUCUUCCAAGGGAGGCCUAGUUCGUGUUCAAGACGAUGAGUUCUGGCAUAUGACCAAGGUCUUGAGAUUACGGGCCAACGAUAGGGUAGAGCUGUUUAAUGGGAAAGGAGGAUUGGUGGAAGGAGUGAUACAGACAGUGGAUCGGUCUGGGCUUGAUUUUGUGGCCUUGGAAGAUCCUAAGUUGGUUCUUCCACAGAGCAUGCAGUGGCAUGUGUUUGCAGCCUUUGGUAGUUUGAAGGGCGGUCGGGCUGAUUGGCUUGUUGAGAAAUGCACGGAGCUGGGGGCUAGUAGUGUGACUCCUCUGCUGACAGAGCGGUCUCCUAAUAUGUCAGGAAAUCGGUUGGAUAGGUUGCAAAGAGUCAAUAUGGCAGCUGCUAAACAAUGUCAACGGCUCCAUGAAAUGGUAUUAAAUCCACCAAUGAAAAUUGAAGGUCUUUUGCCUCUUGUUGCACAGUCCAAGCUAUCUUUUUUGGCGGCUGCAGAAGCUACUCCUCUUGUUACUGCAUUGACUUCAUCAGGAAGGGAGACCAGUGGACUGCUUGUGGUUGGACCUGAAGGAGACUUCACGGAGAAAGAGGUGAAUGAAUUGAUAAAAGCUGGAUCUGUCUCUGUUGGUCUUGGCCCACAUCGGCUCCGGGUUGAAACUGCUACCGUGGCUCUUCUGGCAACUCUGAUGUUAUGGUCUGAUUCUCAAGAAACAUGUGGUUCUUAAACUCUCCCUCAUGGCAAGUCGAUUUUUCCUUCCUUUCAUCUCUAGAUAGGGUUGAUACACCAAGUCUUGUUCUACCGCUUACUUUAGGCCAAAUUUAGAUGAUUGCUUGUUUCGUAAUGUCUUUUUGUUAACCUUCAUAUGAUCAACUUCAGCAUUAGAAUAGGAGCUUCCGCCAUAACCCCAUGUUACUGAAUUUUCAACCAUAACAAACGUUGUUAU